AUUAAUUAUAAUUUCAUUUCAUAUGGUCUCAACAGUCCAAAAACUCUGAAACCUCAUUUCCAAUGGCCAUUCCUAGUAGUUCUCCAGAUUGGUCAGUACCUUCCAUUAACUCUUGCAGAAAGCCUCACAAGGUUAUCUUCACUCAAACAUGCAAAAAUCUUCACUUUCUCCCUCUUCCAUGCUUCAAUAUUCCUGUUUUUCACGUGAAUUCUUCUAGUUUUCCAUCCCCUAUCAUAGAAGAAGAGUCAUCCACGAAUUCUCCUGUCAUCCCAUUAGACUUGAGACUUGAAGAUACUCAACACUAUCCAAUUCCAGACCAUUCAGACAAGUUAAAUGAUUUUUUAUGUGGGGUACUGCGAGAUCCCAAGUCUGAAGAACUAGCAUACGAGUACUACAAGAAAGCAAAAGAAAAGCAAGAAUUUAGGCCUGAAAGACCAAUGCUAAAGCUUCUAAUAAGGUACUUGAUACAAUCAGAGAAGUGGGGUUUGAUUUUGUCAGUGGCUGAUGAUUUUAAAAAGUACAGUGUUUUGCCAGAUAGCUAUACUUUUUCAACACUAGUUAGUAGUUGCAUUAGAGCUAGAAAAUUCAAAGUUGUAGAGGGAUUGCUUGAAAUUUCUAUAUCUGAUAGUAAAAUUGCUGUUUUGGCUUUUGAUUCAGCAAUGAAAGGGUAUAACAAACUACAUAUGUAUGGGAGCACACUUUCUGUACAGGAAAAGAUGAAAUUAGCAGGCAUUCCUUUGGAUUCUGGGUGUUACUUCCAGACAAUGAAGGCACACCAUAAAUUAGGAGAUGCGGGGAGAGUUGUCGAAAUGUUUAAUGAGUUUGAAAGUAGAAAAAUAGAUUCAAAACCAAUGAUCUUAAGUCAAAUGUACAAGAUAUUAUGCGAGUCAUUGGGGAGAUCAGGCCAAGUUUUUGAAGCUCUUGAAUACUUCAGAGACAUGAAAAAGAAAGGGAUUCUGGAGGACUCUUCAAUUUACUCUUCCUUGAUCUGUUCAUUGGUAAAUAUUCGAGAAGUAAAGUUAGCUGAGGAGCUCUAUAAAGAAGCUCAAGAGAAGAGAAUGUUAAAGGAUCCAGAAACUUUUUUAAAGCUUGUGUUGAUUUAUAUGGAAGAAGGACAGAUGGAGAAGACAGUUCAAAUUGUCAAGGAAAUGAAGGGUACUGCUAAACUGAAGGUGUCUGAUUGCAUUUUCUGUGCAAUUGUCAAUGGCUUUUCUAAAAGAAGAGGGUUCGAUGCAGCUGUUAAAGUUUAUGAGGAGUUGAAAUAUGAUGGCUGUGAACCAGGACAGGUGACAUAUGCGUCUGUGAUAAAUGCCUAUUGCCGAGUUGGGCUUUAUUCUAAAGCUGAAAUUGUGUUUUUUGAGAUGGAGGCAAAGGGGUUCGACAAAUGUGUCGUGGCAUACUCCAGCAUAAUCUCGAUGUAUGGGAAAACAGGUAGGCCAAGAGAUGCUAUGAGGCUUGUAGCAAAGAUGAAACUAAAAGGUUGUCAGCCUAAUACAUGGAUAUACAAUUCUUUGGUGGACAUGCAUGGAAGAGCCAAGGAUUUAAGGCGGGUGGAGAAGCUCUGGAAGGAGAUGAAGAGAAGAAAAGUGGCUCCAGAUAAAGUGACUUACACUAGUAUUAUAAGUGCUUAUAGCAAGUCCAAAGAGUAUGAGAUGUGUGUGAGGUUUUUCCACGAGUAUAGAAUUAAUGGGGGUGUGAUUGAUGGGGCUAUUGCAGGAAUUAUGGUUGGAGUUUUCUCUAAAAUUAGUCGGAUUGAUGAGUUGCUGAAGCUUUUGAGGGACAUGAAAUCUGAAGGAGCACCGAUCGACGAGAGGCUUUAUAUAUCUGCUACGAAUGCAAUGGUUGCGAAAGAGCUUAGAGGCAAAGUAACAUAGAUUGAUUACACUAGCAUUUUGUUCUAGUGAACAAGUACAAUGAAGCAAGCGUUUUUGUUUUUUUACAUGAAAAAAUAGUAAUUUCAUCAUGUGAAUAAAUUACAAACAAAUUGAUAUUCUUGUAUCCAGAUCAAAUAAAUAUGUGAAAAUUACAAUAUACGAUUUUAGAAGUUGCUUGA